AUUAAAUGAUCUUUUGAGUAGAGUCGUCCUGUUUCAUUCAGCAGGGAGGAAGGAGGCAGUCGCGGUAUCCCCGACCUAAUAAGACCCCAUCUGAAACUGAAACAUGGCUUCAAAUAAUGGCUCAGUCGGUAAAUGGGAGGUAGUGAAGAAAGGGAAGAAAAAUAACAGCGCAGGAGGAGGCAAGAACCCGAAUGACAAGAAACCCGGCGGCGGCGUCGGGGGAAGGAAAGCCCUGGGCGAAUCUAACCAGCCAUCCAGACCACCCCUGAAGAUGUCAGAAACGCUGUUUGACGGCUUUGAGAAGAUGGGAAAGAAACAGAACAAGGAGCAGGUUCCACCACCAGCCGAGCCCGAAAAUAAAAAGACCUCAUCAAGUAAAGCGUCUAAGAAAUCACAAUCCAGCAGUCCAGUAACCCCCGCAACUCGCAAGACCCUCGAGGAAGCCUUCAAAACAUUGGAUGUUGGGGACCUGAAGCAGCAGUUGGCUCGCAGUCAGACCCUGUUUCCAGAAAACCCAUCAGUGUGGGUCAAAGACCUGGCUGGAUACCUCAACCUCAAUCUGGCUGCGCCUGAGCCUGAGCCCACACUCAGCAGCUAUGCUCACGACUACCCAUACUGCCUUUCAGGAAAAGAGCUGAAGGGUGUGAUCAAAGGCCUCAUCGGACGCUGCAGUGACAUUGUGCCAGAUUUCUUCGACCACUGUGUUUAUACCAUGCUCAGGGAGAUGGACAGGCAGUCAGGAGAAUCUCUGCAUGGCUACAGACUUUGCAUCCAGGCAAUCCUACAGGACAAACCCAGGAUAGCGAGCCAAAACCUGCCAGAGUAUUUGGAAUUACUGCGAUCGGUUCAGAAUCGUCCAGUGAAGUGUUUGACCAUCAUGUGGGCUCUCGGCCAAGCUGGAUUCUAUGACCUCAGCCAGGGACUCCGAGUGUGGCUGGGUAUCAUGCUUCCUGUGCUGGGAGUGAAGUCCUUGUCAUCAUAUGCCAUUGCAUAUCUGGAGAGACUUCUCCUACUUCAUGCGAACCUAACAAAGGGAUUUGGCAUCAUGGGUCCUAAGGAGUUCUUUCCGUUACUGGAUUUCGCCUUCAUGCCCAAGAACGCCCUGUCAUCAAGUCUGCAGGAGCAACUGAGGCGUCUGUACCCUCGACUGAAGGCCCUCGCAUUUGGAGCCAAACCCGAGAGCACAUUACAUACAUACCUGCCAUCAUUUCUGUCCAGAGCGACACCACACUGUCCAGAUGACAUGAAGAGAGAGCUUCUCAGCAGUAUGACUGAGUGUUUGUGUGUAGAUGUACAGAGUCUAGGAGUGUGGAGACAGCUCUAUACCAAACACUUACCCCAGUCCAGUCUGCUGUUGAACCAUUUAUUAAAGUCCUGGAAUAUCCUGCCACCAAAGCUUCGGAAGAACCUUGAAGAAACAAUCCAGUCUUUCAGAGUGACCAACGAAGAGAUGAAAGAUGUCAUCGAAUCUCAGGAGCUUCAGGACUGCAACAACCUGUGCCAGAAUCUGCAGGUAAAGAUGCGCGGUCGCGGGUUCCCCUGGUCCAAACUGCUCAUGGUUCUGCUCGUGUUUGCUGCAGGCUUCAUCGCACAUGACGUCAGAUCUCACGGUUCCUUCAAAGAUUCCACCACAGCCAUGUAUCUGCGCAACUCGGGGGUCACAGCCGUAUCUCAGCAGGCCUGGAGCAAAGUAAAGGUCUACUCUACACAGGCCUUCAGCUGGUUGGAGACCAAUACUCCUUAUUAUUACUCUGAGUGUGCGCGGGUUUUGGGGCCACUAAUGGACCAAGGUUUGGAAAAGACAAAAACAGCAGCCAUCUUCAUCUCUGAAAACACCACGCAGUUUAUCCUCUGGGUCAAAGAAAAGACACCGCAGGCCAUAGAAUGGGUGAACACCAACACUCCUGACAGUGUGUUCCAAGUGUUGGCGUAUUUAAAGGCGCUGCUCCUCUCCCUCCAUCAGAACUACAUCCUGCCAGCGCUGGCUUACAUAUCUCAACUGCUACAACGAGCGUGGACCCACCUACAGGACUCCUGCAACGGUGAGGUGUCUGUGUCGUGUCUGCAGGGACACGCUCUGUCCUUCACCAACUCAACGUGGCAGCUGCUCCAACACACGACGUCGGCCAUCAAGACGUGGGCUCAGGAGCUGCUGACACGAGCGUGAUGACGUCACAGAUGCUGACUAAUUUACACACUCGCAACGCACACAAUAUACACACAUGAAGUUAUUUACAGACACCCACUGGCCCAAUCUGAGGCUGCCUUUCAGUGCGUCGGCUCCCCUCUCAAGCCGUGAUUGGACACUGUGGGGUCAGACAAACAAACUCUCACUCAAAAUGACCCUUCUAUCUCUUAUAUUUCUUGUUUUGGCUCAAUUUUUGUAAUCGGUUUGCUGUUGUACAAUGUAUUUUUCUUUUUUUUCUACCAAUCUUUUUGUCACUGCUGGACGCAGAGGUCGUCUCUCUCUCUCUCUCUCUCUCUCUCUCUCUCUCUCUCUCUGUCUCUCUCUGUCUCUCUGUCUCUCUGUCUCUCUCUCUCUCUCUCUCUCACCCCCCCUCCCCUGAGUUUUCUACUGCAAAUUUCAGCUGUUGCUUUUAACCUUUGGGUUAAACAGAUUGUGUAAUUUAUAGAAAAUGUAGGUUUGUAGAUGAUUUAUAAACAAUUUUUAUUUAAAGAUAUAUAAAAAAAAGUGUUGUAUGAAAACUUAAAGGGCAGGGAAAAGACCAAAACAGAAACAUUGUGUGUGUGUGUGUGUCAGGCUCAGUAAAGCCUUCGUCAAACCUGAGAAUCUGUCCAGUGGGCAGCUCACAAUGUAAAGCCUUCACUAGGAAAGAUAUUGUGGGUAAAGGGUCACAUCUACCAGUGGAUUAACUCCUUUAGAAAAAGAGUUGACAGCAUUAAGGAGUCUCACAUCCAUCUUAAAAGGUCCAGAAGGAGAAAGCUACCGUCUUGUCCUUUCUGCACAUCUCCUCAUCUUGUCUUUGCUGCUUCGUCAUCUGUCUGCUGUUUGCCAGUCGUGUACUCACACUUAAAGGCUGAAGAUAUUCUGUGUGUGUGUGUGUGUGUGUGUUUGUGUGCGUGUCUACAUGGAUCAACAAGCUUAUUCUCAAUAAUGGGAUCAUGGUUAACCCCGUGCCAACGUCCUCCUGUAUGCCAGAAUUUGACUAAGAAUAAACCCUCUCGUCUGGCCAAGGCAAACAUUUCUGACCAGCUGGUUCACUAACCCUUCAUUGUAAACAAUACUGUAUGUUUGGAUGGAUACGGCAAUGACUAAUGUCUUAAUUUGUAAUGUAAAUGAUUUAUAAUAAAGACUUCAACCCCA